AUGGUUAAAAUGGUUGGAAAAUUCAUUAGAUGGAUUAAAAAGAGUCAUAAGAAAAAUGAUGCGGACAUUUCAAUAUCACUACGACAACCCCCACUCACUCCUUUAUUGCAGCCUGCGGUUGAAGAAGUAAUCCAUGGAUAUACUAUCACUGAAGAAUGGUACUCUGGAAGUACGAACAACGUAUGCAAAGGAAUUAAGGAUUCCCGGGAAUACGCUCUAAAAUUCUUCAAAGACGAGGCUGCCUUUAAACAUGAAGUUGCCAUUUUGACCCUUUUGAAAAAUGCUCAGGUUGAGAAUAAUAUAGUCCAAUUGGUUGAAACUCUUGAGAUGGAAAAAAUUAUUGUCCUCGAACAUGGUAUUUGCGAUUUACAAACUUACAUUCGGAAACCGACUUGGAUUCAAAGUCGUCAACAUACUGAUGAAAUAAAGAAAAAAAUCGUAAAGGAUGUUGUCGCGGGAUUGGAACAAUGCCAUAAAAAGGGGAUAAGUAAGCAGAUGGUUCCUGAUUGUGUCUUAAUUUUUGGUGCUGAAAAUCUUGGGACAUGGAAGUUGAUAGAUUUCGACACAUCACGUAAAAUAUCGGCCCCAACAACAAUAAAUACCGUAAAUUAUUGUAGUCCUGAAGUCGCAAAAGCUGAUUUUGUCGGCAAAACAAAGAAAGCUCACCCAUCAAUGGAUAUGUUUUCUUUUGGUUUGGUUCUUUUUUUUAUGGAAACUGGACAUCAUUAUUGGAAACGGAGAGAUUUAUGGUCGAUUGGUCCACCAUUAACAAAAAUAGAAAAGUUAGAAUUUCUUCGGUCUAAGGAAUCCCUCACCGUAAGCGUCGAUGAUAUUGACAAUGUUAAUAAAAGAGACAUUAUAAAUCAUUUAUUAAAACCGAAAAAGCAAAGAAUGACAUUAACGCAAUUCAAGAAAACUGUGUAUUAUUCUGAGGAUAACAAUGAAGAUAUAAUAAACGCGAUUAUUCUGUUAGACAGAGAAGAAGAGGAUAAAUACAAACAACUCAUGAGUCUUAUUCCACAGGAGUGGGAAAAAAUUGGUCCUCAGCUUUUCAAGUUACGAAGUGAAAAAAUACCACGUUUAUUUAUCGUUAUUCCCGUCAGUCCGUCUUGGAAAAAUUCAAAAACCUGGACAUUACAAUCAUUUCGAUUAUAUUUUGUAUGCGAGCACGUUACACCGCAUGUUCAUGAACAUAAGGGUUAUUACAUUCAAAAUCCUCUCGAGUUUAUGAAAAAAUUUGGCGCAACCACGUAUGACAAAUUCCCUCAAGAAAUAAUAGAUCAUAUCACAAAAUUGUUUCAUGUUUCAAAAUCUUCAAAUCUUUUAAAUCACAUCGCUAAAAUUGGGGAUCAGAUACACCAAAUAGUGAAUGAACUUCCACCAAUCGCCAAUGGUCAAGCUGAAGUUCUUGAUCUUGAUGAUGAUGCUUCUCAUUAUUAUAUACUUAAUUCAUCUGGGCUUCGUGAAUUGAAAGGUUGA